AUGUCCUUACGUCGCUCUCUACGGUCCCGCCCUGCGCGGGAUGACCAGCCGAGCAUGGAGGCUAACACGAGCACCAGGCCCACGAGAUUCACCCGAGCUGCGGCAUCGUCCCCGGCGGUGACGGUAUUUCGCGCUGCAUCUGAUUUGAGCGGGGAACCUAAGAAGUCGAUCCAUUUGACUGUGAAAAUGCCGUCGAGCAAGCUUCGUGAAGUUACGGGUGGUAGCACUCGGAGUGGUGCGUCAACCAGACGUUCGGUUAACGUCUUUACGGAGAACCCCAUUGUGACGGGGCCCCGCACUAGCAGGCCCAAAAAGAAGCUUGUAGAAGUCGACACAAGCGACGAAGAUGACCUGGAAGACCAGGAGGAAGAUGAGGUGGACGAUGAAGAUGCGCCAGGUGAAGACGAUGAUGACGUAGAUGCUGAUGGAGAUCUGGACAUGGAUGAUGCGCCCCCGCAGCCGCCAAUCUCCAAACGACAUGCGAAAUCGGCAGCAGCUGCAGCGCCGGCUGGAAGAGCAGUCAAAAGUGUAGAGGCGAAAGAGAUGGAGCUGGACAAUGACGACGAGGAUGACGACGACGAUGAGGAGCUCUCGGAGCUGGAUUCGGACGCGGAAGGUGAGCCAGAUGACCAGGAUGAAAGCAUACUGGCCAACGGUGGUGCAGAGGACCUUGAAGAAGAGGAAGAGGAAGAAGACGAUUUGGACAGCGACGACGAUACCCCGACCGCCGAUCUAAGCCGGAUGACCAAACGGCAAAGGGGAACUUUGGGUAACGACUUUUUGCAACUCCCCAUGGAACCCCAGGUGAAGAAGCACCUGACGGCAGAGGAGCGUGCCAUGCGUCGUGCCGAAAUGGCCCGUCGGAGAAAGAAUCUAAGUGAAAAGCGAAAUGAGGAGGAGAAGAUGGAUACUAUCAACAGACUUCUCCGGAAGCAGGCGCCGAAGCGACGAGGGCGCAUCCCCGCUGCUGAGGCCGCCGAAGCAGCUUCUGCAGAGCAGGAGGUCCAGGAGUAUGAGAAGCCAGACCCGACGAUGGUGAGAUGGGUAAGUGGACGCGAUGGUAGCAGGGUAGGCGUGCCAGAAGAGUGGCUCGGCAUACCUGCAGGCCGUGUCUUUGGUGGCAAUGGCUCCGGCAAGCUCGUGCAAGAGGUGUAG